UUUGGGGUGGAUGCCGGGAGGCUGGCCCAGCCUCCCAGGCGAGUGUCUGGAACUCUUUCAACUGCCUUAGAGGGUGUUGGACCCAUCCCUGCUCCUCGCCAUCGCUGUCAUCGGGGUCACGGUGCUAGUGUUGGCGCUGAAGAACAUGAAUUCCAAGAAGAAAGCCCUUGUCACCUUACAGGACCCUGAAACCAAGUACCCACUCCCCUUGAUUGAGAAAGAGGAAAUCACCCAUAACACCCGGAGGUUCCGCUUUGGACUGCCCUCACCGGACCAUGUCUUAGGGCUUCCUGUAGGUAACUAUGUCCACCUGUUGGCCACAAUCGAUGAUAAUUUGGUGGUCAGGGCUUACACACCUGUGACCAGUGAUGAUGACCGGGGCUUUGUGGACUUAAUCAUAAAGAUCUACUUCAAAAAUGUACACCCCCGUCAUCCUGAAGGCGGGAAGAUGACUCAGUACUUGGAAAACAUGAAAAUUGGGGACACCAUCCUUUUUCGAGGGCCAGUCGGGCGCCUGUUCUACUAUGGGCCAGGUAAUCUUGGAAUCAGACCAGACAAAACGAGCAAGCCUGAAAAAAAACUGGCUACUCACCUGGGAAUGAUUGCCGGGGGCACAGGCAUUACUCCCAUGCUGCAGCUCAUCCGCCACAUCACCAGGAACCCCAGUGACAAGACCAGGAUAUCACUCAUCUUUGCCAACCAGACAGAGGAGGAUAUCUUGGUGAGAAAGGAGCUUGAAGAAAUUGCCCAAACUCACCAAGACCAGUUCGACCUGUGGUACACCCUGGACAGGCCUCCCACGGGCUGGAAGUAUAGCUCAGGCUUUGUUACUGCUGAUAUGAUUAAGGAGCACCUCCCUCCUCCCAGAAAGUCCACACUCAUCCUGGUGUGCGGCCCACCCCCCUUGAUCCAGACAGCUGCUCACCCGAACCUGGAGAAGCUGGGUUAUACCAAGGACAUGAUCUUCACCUAUUAACACCUGCGCUUUUCCCAAAUUUGCCUGCUCCCUUUCAUCUGUUUUAGCCCUUGUCGUGCACCCUCGGGCACAAGUACCAGUGCUCCUCUUUUGGGUAUAAGCCUACAGUGGAGGGCACGGAGGGCAUGACGGGCUGGAGAUGAAGUGGCUCCUGAGGCUCCUUGCUGGAGGCUGGAAAGGGCUGCUCCUGUUCUCUGUGGUUUAGUGAAAAUAAACUUAAGCACACACCAGACAGCCCACACAGCUGGCUGGGGUUGG